GCCACAUCCCACUUUUCUCCCAGGUCCUUGUUGUGGUCAUUUUGGAGGAAGAGAACCUGAAGUAGGCACCAUGACGGGCAGCAUUGAGGGACUUGAGAGGUUUGACAGUCCUGGUAAAGGCCGAGGUCUCCGCGUCACCAGACCCUUUAAAGUUGGAGAGUUGCUGUUUUCCAGCCCAGCGUACUCUUUUGUGCUGUCACUAUCAGAGAGAGGCUGCUACUGCGAGUUUUGCUUUACCAGGAAAGAGGGCUUGGCAAGAUGUGGGAAGUGCAAGAAAGCCUUCUACUGCGGUGUAAAAUGCCAGAAAGGGGACUGGGCCAUGCACAAGCUGGAGUGCUCUGCAAUGAUUGCAUUCGGAGAGAACUGGUGCCCAUCAGAGACGUCCCGCCUGGCGGCCCGGAUCCUCGCCAAGAAGAAAAUGCAGAAAGAAAGAUGUGCUUCUGAGAGGAUCUUGCUCAUAGAUGAGAUUCAAUCACACGUGGAGGAUGUAGAUAAUGAGAAAAGAGAGAUGACUGAGUCAGAUAUUGCCGGACUGCAUCGCUUUUUCUCAAAGAAUUUGGAGUUGCCCGACCACAAAGACCUUCUCACACUCUUCUCCCAGGUUGCCUGUAAUGGUUUCACUAUAGAGGAUGAUGAACUGUCCCACAUGGGUACUGCCGUCUACCCAGAUGUGGCACUGAUAAACCACAGCUGUCUUCCCAGUGUCAUAGUCACAUAUAAGGGGACGUCUGCUGAGGUUCGAGCAGUAAAGAACAUGAAUCCUGGAGAUGAAGUGCUCAUCAGCUACAUAGACCUCCUCUAUCCAACAGACGACCGUAACAACAGGCUGAGAGAGUUCUAUUACUUCACCUGUCAAUGCCACGAAUGCAAAACCAAGUCCGGGGACAAGGCAAAGCUGAAAGUACGUAAGCAGAGCGACCCCAUCGAGCAAGAGGUCAUCAGCAACAUGGUGCGCUACGCCAGGAAAACCAUCAGAGAGUUCCGGGCCCUCAAACACAUAAAAACCCCUAGUGAGUUGCUGGAGAUGUGUGAACAGAGCCUGGAUGAGAUGGGUGCUGUCUUUGAUGAUUCCAAUGUCUACAUGCUUCACAUGAUGUACCAGGCCAUGGGUGUUUGUCUCUACAUGCAAGAUCCAGACGGAGCUAUCAGAUACGGCGAGAAGAUCAUCAAACCUUACAGCAAGCUGUAUCCACCCUACUCUUUGAAUGUGUCCUCCAUGUACCUCAAGUUGGGCAGGCUGUACAUGGGGCUGGAGAAGUACUCAGUGGGCGUCGGCAUUCUCAAGAAGGCAAUUGCCAUAAUGGAAGUGGCUCAUGGAAAGGAUCACUUCUACUUGACAGAGUUGCGUAAAGAGAUGACACGAAAAUGACGAGAAAGGAAAGAAAUGUUGAACACAGCUGAUCCGAAGCGACUGCAAACAAUCCUUUCAUUAGUAGCUUUACAGAACUGAAGACACCUUUUACUCUUUUUGGUAUUAGGGAAAAGAUGGAGAGCAGUCAUAUUUUUUAUGCAAAGUUUUGUUCUACAAAAAGAUUUUUUGUGUUAUGUAUGCAAUAACCUAUUAGUUUGUUGGAUGCAGGAUACUUUUGUACAAAGGAUGCAUUUAAUGUGAAAGUCUGGGAUAAAUAAUGAUUUUCCAAAUUGUUCAUGAUUUUGUGUUUGUUUUGGCUACUUACUGACAUGUCAGCUGGGCCCUGCCAUUUAUCGGAGUUGAGUUGUUUACAUACAAGCGUAGGGGGGAGGGGGGUGCAAUUCAACAAAAUCCCUGUCAGCCAAUCAGGACGGCUGCCUCACCACAAGGGGCCUAAUAAAGCUGCAGAAUGGGCCUGAGUCACAAUAGAGAGCUGGGAUAGAGCACAGUGUUCGCACUAGAACUUUGUGUGAGUUCUACGCGCUAAUUAAUGUCUCCAGUACUGAGAGAAAACCCCUUUCCAACACAGGCAUUAUUAUCAGCUAAUGGAAACUAUUACAAAAUAAAUGAAUGUGUGGCAACAGUCUUAAAGAAAAUAAGGCUUUAUUGCAUAAUAAGCAAGUAUAACAUAUCUGGGGAGAGAAAAACAAAAGACUUAAUGCACUGAAAACACAUAUACAAAAUAUAUGUACACAUACUCUGAAAAGGUAUUAGGUAUUUUUGCCAACAAAAAAAUUAAGGGGAAAAAUUAAAUAUAAACAAACAGUGGAAUGCUGUGUGAGGAAAUACUGUCACAAAGAGAAAAGAAGUGCAACAAAACACUUAUAUGUCAAGAGAGCAGAAAGCUUAUACUUAUUUGAGAAUAUAUACAUUGAAAUAUAAAAAAUGCAUGCAUAGUUUAUUAUGUUGCGGUAUUUUUAAGGUACCAAGUCAAAAAAAAGAAACUAUUUAAAGAAUUUGUAGAAAAUCUUUUCUCACAUGCGCAUUAUGUACAAAGUUACUAUGGAAAUGGCUGGCUUUGCAUCAUGAUUCAG